UAUGCUGUAAAAUUGUAUGUAUCGUAAACAAAUUUAAAAAAUCGGUGUAUUAUUCUUCAAGCUACAGUAGUACAUAUGUAAGAUUUCAAAUAGUAAGCAAAGGUGCAUCAACAUGAGUAGUUUUCAUAAAACUAGUGACUCCCGCGUUACUAUAACUGGCACUAAAAUUAAAAAUAGUUUGCCCAUAAUUUCCUCUGGUAUUCCUUCUUUGGACUAUGUUAUAGGAGGAGGUUUACCAGCUGGUAGUAUUUUUGCCGUGGAGGAAGAUGUACUUGCCAACUACAGCAGAAUUCUUCUCAAAUAUUUCUUAGCUGAAGGUGUAGCUUGUAAACAUGAUUUGUUUAUUGCAUCAGCUGAUGAAAAUCCAGAGGACAUUUCAAAGGAACUACCUUUGCCCACCACCAUUCCCCAAGAUGAUGACCUGGCACCUACAGCAGCUGGAAUUGAUAAAAUGAAGAUUGCUUGGAGAUAUGAAGGGCUCAGUCAAGUGGAAUCCUCUUUUGGCAGUACAACUAACUUUGGCCAUCAUUUUGAUCUAAGCAAGCAUAUUGAAGCCGACACCAUUAAGAACUGCAACAUAAAUUACUGUAAAUUAGAAAUGGAAAAAGGAGGUGCUAAUGGUUUCAAAAAUACACUGUAUCAUAAAUUACUGACCAGUAUACAAGAACUAAUUUCUAAGGAAGAGUACCAAAGUAAUGUUAAGACAACCAGCAAUAUUCUAAGGAUUGGUAUUCACUCCCUGGGCUCUCCAACAUGGAUGGCUAUGGACUGUGAUGAUGAUGCCAGUGGGACCUUUGGACAGGAUCUGAUCAAAUUCAUGUAUUGUUUAAGAGUUAUUGUAAGAGAUACAAAUGCUGUUGUAUUUGUCACUAUACCAGCACAUUUGUUUGAUGAUGACCAUAUAAUGAAGAGACUGUUAUACUCAGUAGACAAUGCAGUAAGAAUUGAAUCAUUUGCGGGUUCAAGCCGGGAAACCAACCCAGUGUACAAGGACUAUCAUGGCCUGUUCCAUAUCACCAAACUAUCUGCUAUUUACUCUCUGGUACCUUUUGUACCCCCUAGUCUUGACAUGGCCUUCAAACUGAAGAGGAAGAAGUUUGUUAUUGAGAAAUUGCACUUGCCUCCAGAACUUGAAGAAACCAAGGAACGCGAACAAGAUGAUAUUACAGGUGUACCAAAAGUGAACUGCGGUGGAUUUAAGAAAAAAGACAUUGAAUUCUAACAAUGCUCAACUUAAUUUUAAACUGAUCAUACUUUUAAAGAAAAAUAUAUUUACUAUGAAUUGUUAAAA